AAUCGUUUAUAGCGGAACUAUUGUAGAUUUGUUGAGUUCUCGACCCUACAUUCAACACUUUUCAUAUGUCAAUAAAUACUUUAUUUAUUCGUAGCUCUCUUAUGGAUUUACUGACCUGCCCAUGUUGCCUCACUGAAUGGAUAUAGGUGAAAUUGAUUAAUCUCGUCGGAAAUGUCAAGUAUUGCAACUUCUGGCGUCGUUCCUUCAGAAACUGUGGGAAAUAUUGCCGAAGGUACAAACUCGACUCUUGUCCAGAAGCCACACAAAAAUAUUCAGGAUUAUGAGUCGGAUUCAGAGUCAGAUACCUCCACAGACAUUGAGGAUGACUCGAGCGAUGAUGAUAAGCGGCUGGCUGACAAUCCAAUACUGAAGGAGCGCUUAAAGCAACUUGAUAGAUAUGCUACUCCUAUAAAGCAUCAUACCCAUUCUCCAGUUCAGAUAAUAGAUCAGCAUUCUAUUCCAGGAAUAUAUGCCACAAACGUGCCACCGGAUAAUACACCUAACAAUGGUUCACUUUCUAUUCAUGGAAAGUCAAGUGGACCUUCUGAGCUGAUGGAUAGCAGUCUGACACCUCCUGAAUACCGUUCUCGCCAGUUUUCUGCUGCUGAGUCCCCUACCCCUUGCAGUAGUUCCGCUUCCCUGAGCACAUCCAUUACUUCUAAACAUAAUCUUUCCCCACCAAAUACCAUUUUGGGAACAAGCACAAAUGUUUCUGGACCGAUUUUGCAACAUGAAAUACCAGAUGUAUCUGUAUAUGCACAUUCAUCAAAUUCUUUAUCAUGUAAGUCUAGUGAAAUUCCAUCUACAUACACAUAUGGUCCAUCUCUUAAUUCAUCUAGUUUAAUUCAUUCGACAGAUGUAUGUUACAAUGAAGUCGGAGACAAUCAAGCUUGUGUUUGUGAAGUUUGUCAUGUUGUUUAUGCAAAUCGGUCUUCCCUUCGAAGCCAUAUGAAAAAGCACUUAAAUCAAAGUAUUAAACGACACCAGUGUGAUCAGUGUCCUUAUUCUACACAGUAUGGCAAGAACUUAUUUAAGCAUAUAGAAUCAAUGCACACUGUUGAUAGCUGUCAAGAAUUUCGCUGUGAAGGCUGCACGCGAUCUUUUACAAAUGAGGAUCUUCUUCGGGAUCACGACUGUAUUGUAACUCAGUAUAACACCUAUCGAUGUAGUGAGUGUGGCAGAGUAUUCAAGACAAAACUGCGUUUAAAGUAUCACGCAGAUGUACACAACCCUCGGAAGCCUUAUGUAUGUGACAUAGAUGGUUGUGAUCGGGCAUUCCGUACCCCAAAAUAUCUCAAAAACCACCGAGAUGAGUUUCACAGAAUGCAUCCCAAAAACUAUGCUUGUCCUGUAGGACAGUGUGAUCUAAUCUUUCAUCGGAAAACCCACCUAAAGCGUCAUAUCGCCACACAUGAUGAUUCUGAAAAGAAAUACCAGUGUCAAUGGCCUAAUUGUCAGCGACGAUUUUGUACUGAAGAGACGCUGAAUCUUCAUCAUAGUAAACAUACUGGUGAAAAGCCUUUUAAUUGUUCUCUAUGCCUGUAUAAUUGUUAUGAUAAACCAAGUUUAAAUGAACAUUAUCAAGUAAAUCAUGCAAAAGACGCAAAUUUUGCUUAUAAUUUCAAAGAUCUUAUUCAUCGAAUACCUUCAACCACCACGCAUUCGUCACAACAUCUGUCAGAGACACAUGGUUACAGAGGAUCCUGUGGUGAGGGUGAUACUAGGGCUUUUGUAGCACGAACAUCUACGCCUGUUUCAACUGUACGUCAUAGAAUGGCUGAUAUCUUAGACUCGUGUACUCCUGACAUUCCUGGACCUCUUGAUGCGGAGAUUAAUGGAAUUUUAGAUAGUCUGGAUAAAGAAUCAGAUCUACCAGACUUAUUUGGUAACGGGACUUUGGAAAUGAAUCGUUCAGGUGCAGAGCAAAAUUUUACAAAUAACACAAACCUCAACUCUAUUAUCCAGGCUUCUCCAUAUCGUCAGAAUAGUCAGUCAUCUUGUCUAGCAGCUACUUUACCACCAUCAUCUUCAGUUAAUUCUGUCAAUGCAGAAUCUGGAACAUCUGAAUCAAGUCUGACAUCACUUCUACCUAAUAUUCUUUCUGAACUUCAACGUGCUGAACUAUCUGGAUCUAAUGAAGAAUUUGAAAAGGUGAAAUCACAUGUUUUAUCUGUACUGCCAACAUUUGUGAUUGGAGACAAGUUGAGUACACAGAUUAACGAAAUAGUCGAUGAAGUUAAUGAUGCCCUAUUAGACCAACCACUUCAUGUUAUACGAGCAGCUUUUUAUACAACUCGCCCUUUUAAUCGAGAAGAAUUAUAUAUGAUUGAUCUAUUGGAACAGCAAAUGUUAUCCGAGUCUUCUUUAACCGCUCCAAAUCCUCCCAGAAGACGUGGUAGGCGUCCAAAAUUGCAACAACAAUUACAACCCUACCUCCAGCGUAUAUUCUCCUUGGAAUCUGGUGCAGCUGAAUCUAUGGCAUCACAGUUAGUUAAUGCUUCACAAAAAGAAAAGUAUAUCAAUCAUUAUGGUUAUUAUAAUAGAAGUACUGGAUUUGGAAGAGGUAGAGGUCGUGGUAAAUCUGGUAAACAUCCUUUAUCGAAUGUAAAACCACCGUCUGAUGGAUUAAUGUCGAAGAAUAAUCCUUAUAGCCAGUCUGUUUAUCAUAAUUCAGAAGGAUUAAACAUGUGCAGUAAUGGUGUGGUGAAAAGAGGUCGAACUGAUAGUUGUACACAAGGAGAAUAUUGUAUUGAACAAAUAUCCGAUGAUAUGCCUUCUUCUAAUUUUCCUAAUGACAUUAACUCUGCCGAACAGUAUCAUACUCGUCCAGGUGUAAUGCAUGCUUUGAAUCAUCCGAAUGACUUACGUACAACACAUACAAGCAUGUUUCUAAACAGCUGUAAUUAUUCAUCAGCUAGAUUUCAUUGUCCAUCUGAAAUGAAUCGGUUAGAUAUGAGUAGAAUAUCCCGAAAUUCCAAUGAUGAUGAGUUGAAUGAAAGUGAAGACGGUACUCCUACUAUUAUUACUACUAAUAAUUAUAAUAGUAAUAAUAUGACACAUCAAUUUAUGUAUAAUCAAAGUAGAACCCUGACUGAUCAUGAAGACCAUAAAGGAAGGGAUUAUGAUAUGCAAAACGACACACAGAAUAAUCAUAAUAAUAGCAAUAGGAAAAAUAGUUCACAUAAUGAAAAAGAUUUUAUGAAUCAAGAUACAAUCGGUGAAAUGUUAGAAGAUUUAGGAGUUAUUGUACAAAAGAUUGGAGAACGUGCUGUGGCAAGAAAACAUCAACAUCAUGCGGAAGGGCAGCCUCUUAAUCUCUCUGACUUUGGAGGAGGCGGCAGACAACCUUGUGACUCGAUGAAUAACCGUCAAUUUUUUAACAGGAAUGAAGCGAAUUCACAUUCUAUCCAACUGCCGUCAAUGGCAACACUGGCAUCAGGUGGUAGUGUAGAUACACCACCUAGUGUUGAAGAGAAUAGUAGUAUUCCAGGUAGUGUUUCAAAUCCUGAAACUCCUCAUUUGUCCACAGCAUCCUAUCAUGCCCUGUCAUCUUUAAAAUCAUUUAAUGCAUAUAGUCAAAUAGGUAUAUCCUUGGCAGAUGGUACUAAGAACACAGUUCCAGGCAGUACAUCUGCUAGUAUUUCAAAUACUUCACAAGCAGGAUAUAAUUCAUUAACAAAUAAUUAUCAUCGAACUGCACCAAUAUGGUCUUGUGAGUCUAUGUGUUUCUCAUCUACUCGCGGAGAUGAACUUAGGAAGUCAGAUCAGACGCAUAUAACUAAUAAUAAUUUUAAUCCUCAAACGAGAAAUUCACAGUCUACAAGAGACUACUCAAAUAAACCGAAUGGAGAUAUGAAUCAAAGUUACUAUCCAAAAGACCUAAGCACCAGAGUUCAAUCUUUCGGUUCUCGUUCUGACUCUACUAUUCAUCAGUCACAACAUUCACCAAAAGAUUUUACCCGAUCUGAAUCGAAUGAUCCUAAUUUCAAUGAUAUCAUAUCUGGAUCAUUAAUGAAUCAUCAUCCAGCUCAUUUACCUCCCAAGGAUUCAUCAGGUUCGCAAAUAUCUACAGCCGAAGCAGUUGAUCACUUGCGUUCUCUAUCCGCUUUAGGAGCAAAGUAUACAGCAUGCCUUGAAAUGCAAGAAGAAAGUAGAUAUCAGUCGAAUCAACGUUUGUUUCCUGAAGAUUAUGCUUACAAUCAGUCACAAAUUCACUCAUCAGAUGCUUCAUUGCGACGUAAUCCUACAGAACAAGGUGGUGGUGAAUCAUUAUUUUCAUCACAAAUGUCACAUAACUCUGGUCGGAUUCCAACAUCAAAUAUCCUUGGCUAUAAUAUGCCAUCAGCGCUGAACAAUCUCCUUUAUAGUGGUCAAAAGCCAAAUGAAUAUGCUGUAUCAUUAUCCAGACUAACUGGCAAUGGAUCCUCUCGUGAUAAUCCUAUGAACGCAGAUAUUACAACUACUAUGGCAGCCCCUACUAACUGUGCUAGUGGGAGUAGUAAUAGUAGUAGUAGUAGUAGUAAUACUACGCAUAAUGAUGCAGAUUCUUCAUCAGCUGUCAGAUCUUCUGGCUUCGGAAAUCACAAUUCAGAUGCAUUUGGUACUCUGAGAAACUAUUCAUCUGCUGCCUCUGUCGCUGCAGCCUAUCAUCAGCAAUUAUCAUCACCACGUUGUGCCAUUAACAAUAACAAUAGCAAUAGCAAUAAUUCUAUGAAUCGUAGUGAUCUUUCAGGACAUAACAGUUAUGCAAGUAAUCCUACUCCUUCAUCUUCAGGAUCAUCAUCAUCAUCAUCGGCGUCGGGAUCACUAACUCAUUCCUCCUCGACGGCAUCAUCUUCAUCUCCACCACUGUCUGUACGAUCUAGUCUACAAGAACUUUAUCAACAUCAUCAUCACCAACAGCAGCAGCAGCAGUCGACUGUCAGACCACCAAUUCAGGAGGUAACAACUCGACAACUUUUAUCUGAAGCAGCUGCAACAGCGGUGUAUGCACAUGGUUUAGGUAAUUUACACUUUUAAUUAGCUAUUUGUUGUCUUUAUUAUUUUUUUGCAAGUUUCUUCACGGGAUUGAUAUCAACUAAGAGAGCCAUCGAAAACCAUCAGGGAGUACUGAAUAGCCAUUUCGUCCUAGUUUAGGACUUUUCAGUAGUCUGUCUGGAUUCAACAUAGAACUUGCCAGCGAAGUGCACCAGUUCGAGUUGCCACCUUCCAAAUAGCACACAGAGGUAGACAAGAAGAUGAGUGAAGAGAAUCAAUACAGUCUGACAAGUAUAAGAGUGAAACAGAAUAGGUAAUGGUAGAAAGGAAUAUGAAAGAUUACAGAGACUGAAUACAUCUGCGAUGGCCAUUGACAACGAUUUUGAGCCAUGUCACCUAUUGUCUCCAGCCAUUGAUUCCUAGAGUCCCGAGGGCCCCAACCCGGGAGUCUGCAUCUCCUACCCUACCUGACUCAGUCUAACUGUCAAGGAUUUCAUGGAUUGAUGAGGCCAUGUUUUUGUUUGGCCACCACUGGCUCUUUUCCAACCUGCACCUAUAUCAGCUAGUAAUGCCCGUCCGGGGGUGGGGAGGCGAUGGUUAGGCAGGCAUGCGCAGCACGUGACCUAGCCAUCUCAAUCUAUGUAACUUUAUAGCCUCGUCGAUUGAUUUUCCCCGUUUGCCCAACACUCUAUGCCUAACGUCAACAUUACUUACCUUAUUAAACCACCUAACGUGAGAAAGAGAUCGUAGACAUCUAUGAACAAAAACAGUCAACCUUUUCAUGUCUUCAACUCACUUUUCAGUAGUGCGCAUCCACCGUCGAGGUUCGAAACCAGGAGCUUCCAGCUACCAGGCGAAAGCUCAUAUACGAUUAAUCGGCUGGGACAUGAUCCGGCCUAGCAGCCCAAGAACCCUAACUUCUACCAAUUCGUGAUUUUAGCCCGACCCCUAGCCAAUGUCGUUGGUGUGUACUUUUUCUCACUCUCGAUAUGCUGAACCCCAUUGGUCAUGACUUCUCACUAGAACUUAAGUCAACUUCCUCCAGUACCCGGUGACUAGCAAGCAUCAGAUUAAUUUUCAUGAGUUAGUUUGUAAGGAUUUGAUUCGCAUCACUUUUGAUCAUGGAUUAAUAUCGGUUAGAGAACCACUGAAAACGAGGACUCUUCAGUACUACUCGGACUCAGAAAAUUAUACAUAUAUAUGUAAAAAUAAGGUUUACCUGCUACAGUAGUUCACUGGUAGGAUGCUGAAGGCAGAACCCAUGCCUUAUGUGGGAAGUCCCGCUCCGACAGACUUACUCCUAUAAACAUCACUGCUUAGCCAGUAAUAGAUAACCUGAUAGAGAGAGAGAAAGUGUCAGGCUACCAGAAACUAGUGUGGCUUUAUAUUUCUUGGAUGGAUGGACGUACUUUCAUGGAAAUGGAAAUGCUUGGCGUGACAACAGUUUGACUGAUUAGUUUGUGUAGAUUAUACAUUUCGAUGUGAAAUGUUGCGUGAAGUAUACAUCCUGAUCACAAUAUGUGAUCUGAAUAUUUUAGAUUUUCUGUGGAAGUUGUGGGGUGGAUAUUUCACCGAAAAUGGUGAAUUUUUUUCUUAUUUUAUUCUAGCAAUAAUUCACCCAAGUAGCCUAAUAAGGGAAUUUCGGUAAUUUGAAUUGAUUUGGGCCCACUGAGGUUGAAACUAAUUCGGUGUGAAUCCUAAGUGAGUACGAAGCAGUUACUUGGUAUGUGUGUUAAGAUUGCUGCUUCAACUUUCAUUGAUUAAGUUGACGUUGGUGGUUAUCAACUACUUAUAUCAAUCAGUAGUGUGUAUACAUUCUAAUUCGUAGGAAGAUUAAUAAAAUAUGGACUUACCUGUUCAUUACCACUGAUCCAGGAAGAUUGGUUUUUCAUCUUAGUUUCUAAUGCUUGUUUAGUUACAGACAGACAAGCAGAAUACAGUGUGAUAGUGUUGUAGCCUUAAAGUAGACAAUCAUUCAUUUGAAUAGAUCACCAGUUUGUUCUUUUCUGCAUAGUACAUUCAAAACUGUAGUAUUUUCUAGUUUCAAUGAGUAUCUACACAUGCUACAUGCAUUAACUUUUAACAUUUGUGCGGUGUAGCAGUAACUUCAAACAAGUGGUAACUACUCUCUGCUGCUAUGGUCUUGGGUGUGUGUGUGUGUUUUUAAAUAUGUGUGGUAUUCAAUUAAACAAACUAUGUACAAUGUGCACAAUGUGCAAUGUACUCACUUAGUUAGCGGAGAUGAAAUUUCACCACAGCAGUUCCCUUUGGAACCCGAAAUUAUUCAGAUCGCAACUGAUGCGAUCUGCUUGAUACCAUAAAUUAUUAUUAGUAUUGUUUCCUGAUAUCCAUGGUCGGCCUGCGAAAUUUGGGCUACCGAUAUCCAGCUGAAAAUUUCAUACUUGUACCAAAAAUACGGUGUGGAAUCAAGCUGUAAUC